AUGAAAAGUAUUAAACACAGAAAUAUAACCGAUUUAAAAUAUUAUUUUUAUACAAAUAAUGAUAAAAAUGAGUUAUAUUUGAAUUUGAUACUUGAAUAUGUUCCUGAAACUUUAUAUAAAGCUUCUCAUUAUUAUGUUUCAAAAAGAUUAAGCAUGCCAAGCUUAGAAGUUAAGUUAUAUACCUAUCAAAUGUUUAGAGCUUUAAAUUAUAUUCAUAGUUCGGGUAUUUGUCAUAGAGAUAUAAAACCUCAAAAUUUAUUAAUAAAUCCUGAAACUGGUGAAUUAAAAUUGUGUGAUUUUGGUUCGGCUAAAAUUUUAAAUCCAAAUGAACCAAAUGUAAGUUAUAUAUGUUCAAGAUAUUAUAGAGCUCCUGAAUUGAUUUUUGGUGCUACUAAUUAUACUACUAAAAUUGAUGUUUGGUCUGCUGGUUGUGUUAUGGCUGAAAUGAUUUUAGGUCAACCUUUAUUCCCUGGUGAAAGUGGUAUUGAUCAAUUGGUUGAAAUUAUUAAAAUAUUGGGUACUCCAACAAAAGAUGAAAUUAGAAUGAUGAAUCCAAAUUAUAUGGAACAUAAAUUUCCAUUAAUUAAAUCUGUUAGUUGGUCAAAAAUUUUUAAAAGAUUAGAACCAACUGGUAUUCAAUUCAUUAAUAAAGUUUUACAAUAUAGUCCAAAAGAUAGAUUAAGUUGUAUGGAUGGUUUAAUUGAUGAUUAUUUUGAUGAAUUAAGAAAUCAAAAUACUAAAUUUCCAAAUUAUAGAAAAUUAUUUAAUCAAGAAUUUCAUAACAUAAAUUCAACUACAACUAAUAAUACUGAAACUCGAGAUUUACCUGAAUUAUUUGAUUUUGAUCAAGCUGAAUUGUCUACUAUAUCAAAUGAAUCUCAAAUUAACAAAUUGAUUCCUGAAUGGGCUAAAACUAGACAUCAACAACCUCAAAAUGGAAAUUAA